AUGGAUGACGAAGAUGUUGGGGUGAUGAUGGAUUACGUUGAAAAAUUUUCAAUUAACGAAGUAUUUGUGAAAGUUACCUUAAAAGAUGGUAUGUUAGCAAAUGAGAACGUGGAUAUUUUUGAUUCACCAAAUGAAAACCAAAUCAUUACAGUUUAUGAAAAUGCAACGUCGGCUCGAAUAUCACCCGGGGGAUCACAGAACGAAAGGACAAUGUUGAGUGCAAAGUGGAGUUAUGUAAUACAAGAUGUGGGGCAAGUAUUUGAAGAAGGGGUGGAAAAUUUUAGAAAAUGUUUAGUAAAAUUUGCGUAUCAGUGCGGUUUUCAAUUUGAGUAUUUGAAGAAUGACAAAAGGAGGGUGACUGCUGUGUGCAAAUACAAAGAAGCUAAAGUUUUCCCUUGGAGGAUUCAUACUUUUGUAAACAUAAAUAAUGGAUUUUUCUACAUAAGAACUUUCAAUAAAUAUUGUGGUGUGGUACUAUGUCGUUCGAAAAAAAUUAGAAUAAGUACAGAAAUUGUGGGUGAAUUAAAGGUUGGUGACAUACGAAUCAUGCCACGAAUGACGCCUACCGAUGUUGUAGAACAAGUUAGGGAUAAGUACGGAAUCAACGUUACUUACUAUGUUGCGUGGAACGCAACUAACAAAGCCAGGGGAGCGGUUUUUGGCGAUCACCGAUCAUCAUACUCUGCGUUAAUUGCGUAUUUGAAGGAAGGAGAACGUGCCAAUCCUGGUAGUGUGUUCGAUGUACAAUACGUUCAAGAGACUUUGGCAUUCAAACGAUGCUUCAUUGCGUUUAGUGGAUGCUUAAUUGGUUUUCGCGCUUGUCGGCCAAUGAUACAAAUUGAUGGAACAUUUCUUAAGGGCAAAUUUGGCGGUAUUCUUCUCAGUGCCGUGUCAAAAGACGCUAACGAUGUUCACGGGGAAAACGAUGAUAACUGGGACUGGUUUUUAGCAUUGUUAAAAUAUGCAAUAAAAGACGAUCGUGUGUUCACGUUUAUUUCUGACAAGCAACAUGGCAUUCUGGUCAGGGUUAAAAAAGUGUUUCCAGACUCUUUUCACUCCUUCUGCCUCAAACACAUGACAGGUAAUUUGAACAACAAGUUUAAAGGGGUCCCAACUGGUUACAUGGAGGCAAUCGUUAGCCAAUUUAUAUCAUGUGUAUUUGAAUUCUCAAAGACAUCGUUCAACAAGAAGAUUGAGAAGCUCAAAGCCAGUGGGUCAACCAGAAUUGCCAAUUUUUUGAAUGACUUGCCUUAUCACAAUUGGGUUGCCUUAUCACAAUUGGGCGAAUGCGUAUUUUGA